AUGCUUCAUAUGUCUGAUCGACAAUUACAGAUUAAAGACAUAAAUAAUAUUUUAGAAAUAUUCAUGGAAGAAUAUUCUAAUAGUACUCAUAAAAAUUCAAUUAAUAUUCUUGAAAAAGAAAUUAAUAAGUUGUUAGAACUAUUGCAAACAAUUGAAUUAGAUCAAUCAGUUACAAAUUCAAUUGCUUAUAAAUUAAUAUCAUUAUUUCAAAAUGCUCAACAUUGUUUUAAUAAUAGAAAAUAUUUGUUAGCAGAUUGUGGUUAUCAACUUACUUCAACAACAAUAGUUCCUUAUAGACAACCAUAUGUGAAUAUAUGGAAUGAAUCUUUAAAUGAAAUUGAACAUAAAUCAAAUUUAAAUGAUUUAAACGAUUUAAUAGAUGAUA